AUGAUGAAUGGAUAUGUGAGGAGAAUCAUCUCGUUGCUGCUGCUCGGCUUGGCACUCUACGUCAUUCCAAUAUCCUGCCAAUCUACGGAUAACCCAGCAUUCUGGGAAGGUGCACGAGUCUACAACGCUCAAGGGAAGCCUAUUGACAAUAGCACCAAAGACGACAUUAUCGCAAUCUCCCGAGACUUUCAAACAAUUUAUGGUCUCAAUGAACAACCAUUGUCUCCAUGGAGGAUACUUGUGGAUUAUUCGACUAGCUGCAACUCGACCAAUACAACAGUGGAGCAAUUAACGGCACUCAAUCAUGAUAAUCUCGGGUUCUAUUCUACGAUAAGAGACCUUUCGAUUAUAGGAUUGGUGGAGCGUGGUGGUGGUUGCAACUGGAGUGAAAAGGUUUACAUGGCUCGGUCGCUUUCAUCUGCCAUCAAUCUCAACCUUACAGCCAUUGUGAUAUCAGAUAACGAGAGACCCGCUUCAGCAGAUUAUAACCCGUAUCCAAUCACCACCAUCUCACAACAGAAAUACACUUUCACCAAUCCGCUUCCUGAUGAUCGUAACGCGACCCAUAUGCAGGAUAAUGAUUUACAUACCACUUUUGGCACGACUACUACACCUCCAAUUGGCAUCUACUUCAUUCCCAAAACCUAUGGCGAUCAUUUGCGGUCUCUAAUUGGUGACAAUACCACAGUUGGCAAUGAUGAGCGACCUUUAUUGCAAUUAUCUCUUAUAUUCUCCCCUAUACGGCUACAAUCAUCGGAGGGUGACGAUGCUAAUGUAUUUACUCGUGGCUAUUUAUCUUAUGUCAUCGCCCUCUCGGUCAUCUUAUUCGUGGCAAUUUGUGCAGGCUUUGUAUUUUUACGGUGGUGGCGUAUUCGAGAACGUAGAGCAGCAAGAGAAUACGAGGCACAACUUAGUGCUCAUGCAGCCAACAUGCAAAUGCGACGAAAAAGCAAGCCCUUGCCUGUCAACAUUGUUAAUGCGAUCCCUAUUGCACAUUAUACGGAGGCUACUGUCAAGAAUCCAAGUUGUGCGAUUUGCUUAGAGGAUUAUCAGGAGGGUGAAACAGAGGUGCGCAUUUUAGGAUGUGGUCAUGGAUUUUGUGUUUUAUGCAUAGAUCCAUGGCUUACACAAAAGUCGACAUUGUGCCCUAUUUGUAAGUGGGAUUGUUUACCAGAAGAAAUGCGCAAGUCAUCCACCGAUACAAGUGACAGCGGUGAUCAUUCCAAUACCACUACCACUGCUACUGCUACUGCUGCUGCCGCCGUAUCCAAUACCACAAUAGCUGCCAAUGCUGCACCAUCUUCAACCAGCCUAGCUUCCACACAAUUAGCACCAGCACCAUCAGCGGCACAACAAUCACAGGAGAAGAAUGCCACUUCAACUCAAGAUAAUGAUAAUGGCCAGCGAUCAGCUGAAAAUUCGGUUGCCACAAAGACAGCUGAUGAUGACAAAAACAAUGACAGCAAUCUAAAGAAUGACGCCACAACACCCAACACCGCUUUAGAAGAUCACGCGGCAUCAUCCUCAGGAAGCUCGAUACCAAAUCAAGCACCAUCACAGCAAAAGGAAACCAAAGAUGACAACGUCGUUGAUGAUGCAUCCAAGGAUGAUGAUCCUAUUACUACUACUUCCGCAACCUCUACAUCCGAUGACACACAACAUCAACAACAAGAUGGAAACAUCGAUCAUGGGACUGUAGAUACGACGACCCAAUCUCCACCAUCAUCAACGGCUGAAGAACACAAUGACACCACCACCACCACCACCAAGGAUAAUGAUGACAAUAGUCCACCAUCACCACAUGUCAAAUGA